AUGGGGGAGAGCUUCAGGCAUCAUCCACCAUCGUGUAUCCGGCGUGCCGCCCUCGAGAAACUUGCAGUACUAGCCACAAAACACCCCAGGCAGGACGAUGAUCGAGGCAACUCAGAUGUCGAGAGGCUCAUAAGGGCCUGUCAUGGCUCCAAGGCGGCGUCCGGUGGCUCCCAGGCUCGCUGCGCCUCGAGUGGAGUUCGAGAACUAGACGUCCUGCUUGCUCUGUGCAAGGCAGCUAGCUCCGUUCAGCGUGGUGACCAUGCCGCAAAGCUAGUCUCUCUGCUCGCCGGAUACCUACCUACGCUCCAUACGCUCCGCAUCCAUUCGUCUCCUUUCCUGCAUACCUACAAACCUUCGCCGUGGGAGACCCUGACCCAUGAUGUCGUUACGGCGUUGCUCUCGCUGGGCUCUAGACACAAGUCGCUGCAGGAUGACGUCCACGAAGCCAUUGACGAGUAUUUAGAGAAUUGUCACCAGGCAACAGACCGCCUGCCGGCCGUUUUUGAUGCAGAUGGUGCAGGGAUACAGGUCGACAGCCAUGAAUUCACGGAUGUGACUACUCUAAUGGUAUCAUUAGUAGGUUUCCUCCGGGCCUCAUCCGAGUUUCCCCAUUUUUGGGCACCACUGGACCGCCUUGCUAUUGUAAAGCAGUUACACAUUAUUCUAUCAGAGCGGUUCCUGGUAGCCGUGGAGACUAUCUCUUCCGGUAUACGGAACUCUCGCUCUCCAGAUCCUCUGCUACAUGAUUGGAGGCGGUAUACACGCCAGUAUGCGGCUGACGGACGGCCCCUUGGCUCUAUGCUACUACAGCAAGCUUUCAUAGCCUUUUUAAAGUCCUGUACCUCUCCUGUUGAAAGCGAUGGAGCCUCGCCGCUACCAGACGAUACCCUUCUAUCCCGUUAUGCAGAGGGUGACUGUGUAGCCAAAACCUCAGACCCUGGUAUGACUAGCCUGGUAAAAUACGCCGCAGAGCUCGCUGGGGACCAGAUCAAUCUCCUCGAAGAAGGAUCGGAUUACCUGCAAGUUAGCUCCACUUGGCAACAGCGCCUUGCAUUCUUGGUCAAGGCGCUGUCAGUAAUGUGCUCUAUCAACUGCAUCAUGGUUGACCAGGAUUCUGUGGAUCUAGACCUACUCUUCACAUCCCUGGAUAACACCAUUGCAGACCCAGACCAGAUGAUGAACAGGGACCUGGCUACCGUCGUCCUUAAGGCCGCUGUAGUUCUAGCAAGGUUAUCACGAGGCAGUGCAAACGGCCUAACCCGCUCCCUUCUUCGCUUCAUUGUCCAAAAUGGCCAAAGCAGCCCUGUCGUUGCUCUAGCAGCCCAAUGUUUGGCCCAGAACCUCCGUCUUCUUUCCCAAGAUACCGUCAUUGGCACCCUCUAUUCCCUUGGAAACGUCCUUAGCUCUGGCUCGGCAGCUGAUAAGGCUACCACCGCUCUAACUGCUGAAGCAAGUAAUGGUUAUUCUCAUUCGAUCGAAACUCGCGGUCCCCCAACGAAUGAGAGCUUCCUAUCCCUUGCCAUUGAUGGAGAGGGUGACACUUCUAUAACAGCUAGAAAUGUGGUACAUGCCAUUGUAACAAUCGCUACCAGCAGUGAGGAUAGCAAAAUAGUGGCCCUUGCUCAGUCAAUUCUGGUGCAGAAGAUUGGCAAGGUAAAUGUCGUGGUUGAUGCAUACAUAAUACAGGAGACUGCGGCGCUUUCUCUGAAGAGUGAACCCGCGGAGUUCCGUCUCUUGCUGAAGUUCUACUCUCGUCUGCUGCGAGAUACCUUUGCUCAGGGAAAUAACCUGAUACUGGAGGCGAUACAUAAAGCAAGAAAUUCCCUUGCUGUCCACCUCAACCCAAGCAGCGAGGUGUUCAGGAUCUAUUUGGUAUACCUCCUUGAGGGUUUAGUUAACCAGGGGGCUGCCGUCGAACGUGAAAAGGUUCAUCCAGAGGAUCUCGAGGCAACUGCGAGACAAAUUGUUCCAAUAUUGAAACCUCUCGCUAUACUCCUUGCGAGGGCGGGUCGUCUGGACCAAUUGGCCUCCGACAAUGACGAUAUCUCAGAUAUGCUCCGAGAUGCCUGGUUCAACAUCGCAGCCCAUGAUAUAUCGCUCCACUCAGGGCUCGGAAAGGAGAACUACGAACAACUGCGUAUCCUCGCUGAACACUCUCCCCCUCUUGUCUCUGAAAACCGUGCCGAGCAGCUUGAGAGUGACAUCGAGCUGAACACCAUUUUAAGACGUGGCCAGAGCCCUCAGACAACUGUUGAAAAGAAGAAGAACCUAACUGCUGAGCUGCCGGCACAAGAACAUGAUAUUCGACGCUUGAACUACCCUAAAGUACUCUUCCUUAAUGCGGCACUACUUAUAGAAACCCUUCGUGCCAACUCCGGUGAUUGCACCAAAGUAUUUACUUACUUCCUCGAUCCCACCCUGAACACUUCAGAAAUGGGCAAUUGUAUGAGGGCUAUUGCCGAUAAGGUGGUUACCGUCUACCUCGAGAAAGCUCUCCGAAGCACAUCUGUGAAGUUUUCGGCCCCCUACAUUGCCAAACAACUAGCUGAUACCUUCACUGCUUGUUGUCAUCGCAUCGUCCAAGUCCAACAAACUGCUACACUGGCUGCAAAUAAGAUAAUCACUCAGUGUCCAUCAGCCCUUUGCCAGAAGCUGUCGCUUUUCACUCUUUUGGACUUGAUAACUCUGCUUUGGUCAUCGUGCAUGGACGAGGAAAUGGAUGAGUUUGCGUGGGAGUCCACAUUUACAUCAAGCAGAGGGACAGUCCAAAUUGUUUUAUCAGAUAAUUAUGACUUCAGGAGACGUACACUGAAAAAUCUCCACAACGCAGCGCGGACUUGGAUCUCCAGUGUUAUGAACAUGGCACCAUUAGAUAUCAAGGGGUUGUUACAGACCUACCUCUCAGAUUACGACGAUGAUGGCGUGUACGGUCACAUCACUAUGGGCCGUUCAUUAGCACUUGAAAUGGGUUCAGCAAUACCCCUUGCGGACCAAAGAUUAGGAUCCAUUGAUAACCCAGGCGGCACUGUCCUCAAUGUUGCAUCGGAUUUUAUAUCCCAGUAUACCACUCGACAAGAGUAUCGGUACUCAGAAGCCGCCCCAGCACGCAGAGGAAAGUCACCUCUAGCGAUAUCUUAUGGUCAAACCACCACUGCACGAGUGCCUGAUUAUCCUGACACCGUCCAAGAAGCUCUCGCUGCCCUAGAGCAUCAAAUCAGGACUGAGAGGCAUAUAUCGCUAGAUCUUCCUCGACACAUCCUUCGCCGCACUGCCGCUCUCCUGUGUAAUACUGAUGAUAGCCACCCGGCAAUUAUCGCCUACCUAGUCAAUAUCCCCUUCCAGAUAUUCACCAAGGAGUCCAUUAGAAUGGGAAUUGCUCUAUGGCUUGGGGUGAUUAACGAGAAACCAGCCAUGGAAUCCAGAAUAUUGGUAGAAAUAGCACAGGCAUGGGAACGUACCAUUCGACGCAAGCAAGGAAUCUUCGAUCCGAAGUUUAAGCAUAAAAAUCCUUUUAUGAACAAGCUUGAAUCGUCACCAUCCGAUAAAGAGGCAAUUGUCAGGCGCCAUAGGAAAGCUCAAAACAUCAUAUCUCCCCACUUCCUUGUUUUGCGAUUCCUAGAAAGUCAUUUCAGCGCAAGCAGAUUGGGCAGUUUGAACACCCAACAGGUGUUUAGACGCUUGGUCAGUGAGACAUUGACUGCCUUGAGAGACUCUACUGGCCACCCGUUGGCUCGCGAGAUUCAUUUCCAUACCAUUCUUUUCAGUCUUAAGGUCCUCCAUUCAUUCUCUGGACAAAGUAACGUGGGUUCCUGGAAACUUAAGGAUCAGAUCCUCUCUGCUGCCCUCAGCUGGUUCGGCCAUCCACCGAGUUGGUCAUUUGGCGGAAAUCGCUUGCAACUCAAAGCUGAAGAUCAGAUCCUCCACGAUAUCGAAUCCAUGUUGGAGACCGUAUCUUGGAAGGAGGUAGUGGACUCAAAGUCUCGUAAAUCACUGCAAGCAAAACAUGAUUUACUUUUAAUUCUGAUUGGAAAUGAACGGUCUCGCCUCAAAAUCUGGCUUUCCCCUCUAGACCUGGAGAAGAAAUCCUACUUUUUCUAUGGAACUGGUAGCAAGACCGUCACGGAAGAGACCGUAACAGGGCUUCUUCGAUUGGCAUGGAACGAAAAUCCAAGUCUAGCACUACAGCUAGGAUCACGAUUCCCAUCCGCUAAGCUACGAAGUGAUAUUCGAUGGCUUUUACUUAACUUCCCCGAAAAGGCACUUAAGGAGCCAAACGCCCUGGAAAUCUUACUUGGACCAUCUCUUCCCGAAGAUGUCUCGUUCCAGCUCAAGUACCUCCUUUACUGGGAACCGAUUGAUCCCAUCUCCGCCGUCACUUAUCUCUUGCCAGCUUAUGGUAACCAUCCGUUUAUCCUGCAAUAUGCGCUUCGGUCCCUUGAAAGCUUCCCCGUAGACGUUGGCCUUUUCUAUAUUCCUCAGCUUGUGCAGGCUCUUCGUUAUGACGCACUUGGAUAUAUAGAACGUUACCUGUUGAAUACGGCUCAACUAUCACAGAUGUUCGCCCAUCAAGUGAUCUGGAAUAUGAAGGCAAAUGCCUACAAGGACGAGGAUUCCCAGAUUCCUGAUCCACUCAAGCCGGUGCUGGAUAGGUUCAUGGACUGUGUUAUUACCAGCUUCACGGAUGAAGACAGAGAAUUCUAUGAGAGGGAGUUCGCGUUUUUCAAUGAGAUCACAGGAAUUUCCGGCAAACUACGGCCAUACAUCAAACGUACCAAACAGGAGAAGAAGGAAAAGAUUGCAGAGGAGCUGCGAAAGAUUAAAGUUGAGGUUGGCGUGUACCUGCCAAGUAACCCAGACGGCGUUGUUGUCGGCAUUGAUCGAAAGUCUGGAAAGCCCUUGCAAAGCCAUGCAAAGGCGCCUUACAUGGCAACUUUCCGAAUCAAGAAGACGAGAAGUAUCGAAGACGGUAGCAACGCCGUUACUCCUGCUGAAGAGGAUGUUGGUCAAGAGGAAGCAGGUUUGCAACUAUCCCAGGUUAAGGAAUCCGCUGUGCAAAGCAAACGCGAGAGCCUAGCCGCGUCUCAGGCCGGGACAUAUGAGGUGUGGCAGUCUGCCAUCUUCAAAGUCGGAGAUGACUGUCGUCAAGAUGUGCUUGCACUUCAAAUGAUUGCUGCGUUCCGUGAAAUCUUUGCCAGCGUUGGACUGGACGUCUUUGUCUUCCCUUACCGUGUUGUGGCAACCGCACCCGGGUGUGGUGUGAUUGAUGUCUUGCCCAACUCGAUAUCUCGAGACAUGCUGGGUCGCGAAGCUGUUAACGGUCUAUACGACUACUUCGUAUCAAAAUACGGAGGGGAGCAGUCGAUCAAAUUCCAAGAAGCUCGAAGCAACUUUGUGAAGAGCAUGGCUGCAUAUUCGGUCAUUUCAUACCUGCUGCAGUUCAAGGACCGACAUAACGGCAACAUCAUGAUCGACGACGCAGGCCACAUCCUCCACAUCGACUUUGGGUUCUGCUUCGAUAUCGCGCCCGGCGGAGUACGGUUCGAGCGUGCUCCGUUCAAGCUCACCACCGAGAUGAUUGCUGUCAUGGGAGGGUACCAUCCGGCUUCGUCCACGGCUGCCUCCGCUACACCUUCUACCGCUGCUCCAUCCGCCGCUCACACUGCAUCGCACAGCAACUCUCAGUCCUACCGCUGGUUUGAGUCUCUUGUGGUCAAGGCCUUCCUCGCUUCGCGGCCUUAUACUAUGAAGCUUUCUAACAUUGUGACCCUCAUGCUGGACAGCGGCCUGCCUUGCUUCACGCCGCAUACUCUGACCAACUUCCGCGACCGGUUUGUCCUGGAGAAGAGUGAGCAAGAGGCAGCACAGUAUAUGAGAGAGCUCAUCCGGAAGAGCUACGCCAGCAUGUCGACCAAGGGCUAUGACCAGUUCCAGCUCAUGACGAACAAUAUUCCCUACUAA